ACAGUAUAAAACUACUAGUUUACAGGCUAGGCUAGGGUUUCAAAAAACUACCACUUUUUAAUUUUUCUUAGAAAGCUACCAGUCGCGCGGGGUGCUGUUUCAAAAAAUCCAAACCCGCGGUGACUAGCGAUUUAACCGUUUUCCUGACCGCCUGGACCCACCUGUCAGCCCACGUGGCCAUGCGCGCUCACGACGCGGCCGUUGACGGCCGUUAGGCAGGCCGGUUCGGUCGGAACUGGGUAAAUACCCCCUCGGUCGGUCGGGCGCACCCUGCUCGCUCACUCUCUCCUGCUCGCUCUCACUCCCCUACUCCCACUCCCCUGCUCCAGUACGAGCUCGCCGCCGGUCGCCGUCGACCUCCUUGCCGCAAUGCCUUCCUGGAACGACGAGGAAACGAGCUCCGAGGAGGAGUGCGAGGUCGUCAGCAUGGACAUGGGACUUAUGGAGGAACCAAACACCAUUGUGGAGCCCCUUUUCUGUGGCCAACUUGAGCGUGCUCAACCCAAGUGCAUUCUGCACCAAAUGAGGCCUAUUAAGCGUGUUGUUUUUGAAGGCAUUGUGACAGGAAGGCGUUUCUAUGGUUACCCAGUCCAGGAAAAUGGUGUGAAUUGUGGUGUUGUAGAGUGGGUUGAUGGGCCUUGGCCUCCUGUUCUUCAGAGAUGUCUUUCCAAGCUAUGGGAAAUGUUCCAUGAGCAGAACUGUGGAAGGGUACUUGACAAGGAGAAGUUUGAGAAGGAGUUGGCCAAGCUUAAGUGUGAACAUGAAAGGGAGUUGGUCAAGCUUAAGAUGGAAAAUGACAAGCUUUGCAUUGAGUACACCAAGCUUGUUGAUAAUGUAUCCAAGAUGUUUGAUUGGCAGGAUGGUAGGGUGGACAAGAAGGUGUACCAGAAACAAGUGGAGGAGGAAGAACUUGAGAAGAAGAAGAUGGAGCUAGAGGAGAAAGCUAUGUUGGAGGUGUAGAUGGAAAAGCUCAAACUUGCAAAAGAGCAGAGGUGCAUUUUGCAGAGCCAAGCUGAUAUCAUCAAGAACACCAGGAAGGCUGUGAAGGAUGUUGAAGUUGACAGAGAUGUUCUUAAGAAGGAGAAGGAAAAGCUUGAGCUUGUUGUUGCUGAGCUGCUGAAAGAUGGGUAUGGCAGCAAGGAGAAGUUAGAGCAAAUCAAGGCCAUCCUUGAGUCUUGAAGUUGCUGUGAUAUGUUGGUGAAGUAAGUACAUCCAAGGCCUUUAUAUAAGGAUGUGGCCUAACAGUCUGAAGUGGGGUGUACAUUUUGGGGGAACGUGAAGUUUAACCUAGUGUUUGGUCAUGCAUUUGAACUUUAGUUUCUUAUGUAAGAACCUUAUUUCCUAUGUUGUUAAGUAAGUUGUAAUGGAUCACCUAUGUUGUUAAGUAAGUUGUAAUGGAUCUCCUAUGCUAUUAAGUAGUGGAAAUGGAUCUCUUAUGCUACUAAGUAGUGGAAAUGGAUCUUGUAUGCUAUUAAGUGUUCAAAUUUAUCUUCUAUCUUUUAUAUGUUAUUUGUUAGCCUACAUAUAUUAUUUCUAUGGGUAAUUGGGC